AUGCCUCCUUGUCUCUGGUCUUCCCAAGUCUCUGCCUGCCCUCCCUCCCUCGCCUGCCCCGCCCAACGUUCCUUGUGUCGAGGGGCGGCAGCGCGCCGCUCCUCACUCCUCCUCGUUUCCCCCGACGACUGCUCCCCUGCAGACUCUCCACUUGGACUCUUCCCCUUGCGCAGCAAGGGGGAGGUCCCUGAUGUCUUGAUCCCUUGGAUCCGCGCUGUUCGUCUCCAGCUCCACGAGCGGUUCCGCACGGACCUUCCUGUCCUGCGUCUGCACUCUGACAGAGGCGGUGAGUUCUCCUCCGACCUCUUGCGGGACUUUUGUCGUGGGGAGGGCAUCCUCCAGUCGUUCACGCUUCCGGCCUCUCCGCAGCAGAAUGGGGUUGCUGAGCGCCGCAUUGGCUUAGUCAUGGAGAUCGCUCGUACCUCCAUGAUCCAUGCGGCUGCCCCCCAUUUUCUGUGGCCGUUUGCGGUCCGGUACGCCGCGCAUCAGCUCAACCUCUGGCCCCGUGUCUCCUUGCCGGAGACCUCGCCCACACUGCUGUGGACGGGGGAGGUUGGCGAUGCGUCGCGCUUCCGGGUCUGGGGUGCUCGUGCCUUUGUCCGCGAUACCACUGCGGACAAGCUCUCCUCUCGCGCUGUUCCCUGCGUCUUCCUUGGCUUUCCCCCUGACGCGCCUGGCUGGCAGUUUUACCACCCCACCUCGCGCCGUGUCUUCGCGUCCCAGGACGUCACCUUUGACGAGUCGGUUCCCUUCUACCGUCUCUUCCCCUACCGCACUGCCCCUCUUCCCCCCCCGCCGCUCUUCCUCGCUCCAGGUCCCCCUCCGGUAGACCCCCUCCCCCCUCAGGGUCCUGCUCCUUCAGGUGUGUCUCAGGUAGACCCACUUCCCUUGGCUGAGCCUGUCGAGGUCACUGGUGACUCAGGUGCUGCUGGGGGUGGUCCUGCUCGGGGUGCUGCGCCUGGGGGUACUGAGCCUGAGCGUGCGGAGCCUAGGGGUGCUGAGCUUGAGCGCGCGGAGCCUGGGAGUGCCAAGCCUGAGCGUGCAGAGCCUGGGGGUGCUGAGCCUGAGCGUGCGGAGCCUGAGAGUGGUGAGCCUGGGGGUGCUGAGCCUUUGCGUGCGGAGCCUGAGGUUGCUGAGCCUGGGGGUGCUGCGUCUGAGGGUGCUGAGCCUGGGGGUGCUGCGUCUAGGGGUGCUGAGCCUGAGGGUGCUGAGCCUGGGGGUGCUGCGUAUGCUGGUGGUCCUCCGAUCGCGUUGGUGGAGCUCGAGGCACAGGAGCUGGAGGCACUAACGCUGGGGGCGCUGGAGCUGGAGGUGCUGGAGCUGGAGGUGCUGGCGCUGGAGGUGCUGGAGCUGGAGGCGCUGGAGCUGGAGGCGCUGGAGCAGGGGGCGCUGGAGCUGGAGGCGUUGCUGCUGGAGGUGCUGGAGCUGGAGGUGCUGGAGCUGGAGGCCCUGUGCAGCAGCGACCGUUUUUCUUGCCGCCGCCGCAGCUGUCCGAGCUUCCGCCCGAGUCGUGUUCCUCGGAAUCAGCACCGUCAUCACCCCUCUAGCCGUCUCCAAUCCAAGCCACAGCGGCUUCACGUCGAGCAGCAGCAGAUCCUGCACCUUCUCAUUCCCUUCGCCGCUCACAAUCGCUGCCUGAACCGCCGCGCCAUACGCGACGACCUCGUCGGAGUUGAUGCUCUUGCAGAGCUCCUUUCCGUUGAAGUACUCCUGCAGCAACUGCUGCACCUUGGGAAUGUGAGUAGACCCGCCGACUAG